AUGAUCCACUUCGUGUGUGCGCGUGUUAAAGUAAACGAGAUGAAAGAAGCUGCAGGUGUGGAAAAAGACCUCGAACUUACUCGACCGUCACAGGGAAGUGGAAAGGGCAGUAGAGAAGAAGAGGAAGAAGAAGAAAGCUCCGCGGCCGCCGCGUAUCUGCCAUUGAUGGAUUUCUCAGCUUUGAACGAAGCUGUGGCGUUCAAAUCAUACGAUCGUAUCGCCGAGAUUUGCGACAGUCUCAUGCUGCAGGUUGCAUCUGAAGGUGUCGCUUAUCAGGACGAGUGGCCCUACGCCAUUCAUCUACUCGGUCACAUAUACGUCAACGAUAUCAAUAGCGCGAGGUUUUUGUGGAAGAAGGUGCCAUCGGCGGUGAAGGUGUGCCAGCCAGAGGUGUCUGCCGUGUGGAAAAUCGGCCAGAAGCUCUGGAUUAAGGACUAUGGAGGUGUUCACGAGGCUAUCCGUGAGUUUAAUUGGACUCCACAGACUCGGGAAAUAGUCGAAGCCUUCUCUGGUUGUUCGAUGGAGAUUGGCAAAGUUCUAUUUUGGAUCUUAUGGUACAACAUGAAGGACCACUUGUCCAUCGAUGCUCAAAUGAAUGCAUUAUACAGGAGAGCAAUUGCUGAGCAGCUUUAUACUAAAAGGAUGUUUGACCUGCUGCUCUCUGCUUAUUCCACAAUAAGCAUUCAAGACACGGCUGUUUUCCUAGGGAUGAAGGAAGAUGACGCCACAAACUAUGCACUUGGACAUGGUUGGACAGUGGACCCUGUGACCCAAAUGCUCACCGUGCAAAAGCAAGCAGUUGCGAACGAGCAAAAGCUGGAUCCGAGUAAAUUGCAACGGCUGACUGAAUACGUUUUUCACCUUGAGCACUGAUUUUAGAAAAAUGCUAGUGCAUUUAGGUAAAUCAGUUGGUUAAGUCUGUUAGACUGUAAGUUGGCUUUAAGUUGCACCUAAUGAUGUUUCCUUGGGCUCGUUACAUUACCAUUUGAGCUUUGUGCUUUUGCUCCAUAUCAAUUUAUGUACGGUCCUUGCUUUGUGCUUUUGCUCCAUAUCAAUUUAUGUACGGUCCUUACUUUUGUGAUGUCACUUUUUGUGUGGUUCAUUUACGUAUUAGUGACCCG